AUGAUCCCGGCCACCUUCAAGCUCUGUGCAGCCAUCUCUUACCAGCACGUCCGCACUCUGACAGGUUUGAGACACACUGCUGUGGCAGCUCUCGGACAUACACUCCAUCAACUCAGCGUUCAGAAUCAAGGAGCCAGUUCAUGGAUUCGUCAGGUUCGGAGGAGGAGCUCCCUCAUCACUUGCUGUUUCGAAGAGAAGCCGUAUUCUGAGGCAGAGAUGGCUUACAUUAAACAGGGUGAAGAAGCUCUGCACAAAUCUAUCUCCAUUCUGCAGGACACAAGUGGGUGGAAGGCUGAAAUCGAAGGGGCCAACGGUGAUAAAGUCCAGAGCAAAACGCUUCCAGAUAUUGGCAAGGUCUUCAAGCUUGAGGUUGUGAUGGACAAAUCGUCAGACCUGCUGUACAGUGAGCUGUUUGACAAGGUGGAACAGAUGGGAGAGUGGAACCCAAACAUUAAACAGGUGAAGAUCCUGAAAAAGAUCAACAAGGAAACAAUGCUGACUCACGAGGUUUCCACGGAGGCUGCAGGCAACUUGGUCAGCCCCAGGGAUUUUGUGAGUGUGCGUUAUGCCAAGAGACGGGGCUCGACGUGUUUCCUGGCUGGAAUGUCUACCCACUCAGACAUGAUGCCCAGGCAAGAUGGCAUCGUCAGGGCAGAGAAUGGACCCACUUGUAUUGUCCUCCGGCCCACUGCUGAAGACCCAACCAAAACCAGGUUCACAUGGCUCCUCAGCAUUGAUCUGAAGGGCUGGCUGCCAAAGUCUCUUACCGACCAAGUUCUCUCCCAAUCUCAAGCCGACUUUGCCCAACAUCUCCGCCGUCACCUGGAUUCCAAUAGUGCUGCCUGUGCAUGCUGA